AUGAUAGAAUUCGCAAUGUACAACCGCGGCACAAAGUGGAACGCCCAGAUCCAGUAUUUGGGCACUUUUGAUUCAGAGUGGGAAGCAGCCAAGUGCUAUGAUCGGGCUGCUGAGAAGUAUCAUGGAGAACGAGCCAUGCUCAAUUUCCCUCGGAGAAAUGCCCUCGCAUCAUUACUUCCUGAAAAACCGCCUCGCAUUUUUAUAAAUCAAGUGACCAAGACAGUUCCCGAGAUCGCUCUCCCUGGAUCAAUUUACCUCUUGUAUGCAGACGAACUAAACGCUCAGAAUAAUAAUUACCCUUCAAGCCCCUUGUCGGAACACUCUCUUCCGUUCAUCACUGACUUCAACUCACAACGUACUUCACCGUCCGUGGUUCUUCCCAGGGAUGAAGCGAUCGUUCAGCUAAAGCAAAACCGGAAGUUCAUUAAGGGUGGUUUGUUUUGGGCAUGUUUGUUUAACAAAUAG